AUGGCGAGUGCUUUCAAUAUUCAUCCCAUUGGCCGUUUCAACGGCGAAAGCGAAGCUGUAAAAAGACCCAAGGAAAUAGCAUGCUUUUCUUACGAUGACAAACGCGAGUUUCACCUGGAUGAUCGAUCCAUGCAGUGGUAUUAUCCUCCCACGCUUGGGGCCGAUCUAUCUAAAGGGUUCGAUCGAUUUGAUAAGCACGAUGAGUCCAAGGACGAACAUAUCGAUAGUCUGCUUAAGACCAUCAUGGCUCACGAAGAAGAGGAAGGAAAGAAGAUCGAUGCACACUUCGUCACUUGGCGUGGUAUGAUGACCAAGAUCAUGUCGGCGCCCUUCGAUGAUCGGGAUGGCUUCAUCGAAGAGAAUUUCGCUUAUGGGCAAGCCAAGCAACAAGAACAAAGACAACAACAACAGUCACGUCGAGGACAGAGGUUCUCGCCGGAUGUCAUGACGUAUUGGGGUUACAAGUUUGAGGCCUUGUCUUGUCUCCCUCGCCCCUGGGGAGAGGUCAGCAGAGAAACUAUCGAGAAUAGAGACGAGCUGGUUGUCAAUAAUAAGGCUCAAUACUGCUCCGUGGUUCGUACUGGAAUUGGGAAAUCAAUCUUGUGUCUGGGAGGUGAAGUUGAUGCCAUCUGGGACUUCAAGCCUGAAGAAAAGGGUGCGCCGAUCAACUGGAUCGAAUUGAAAACCAGCGUCGAAAUCCGCGAUGAUAGAGGCAUGCAGAAUUUCGAGCGGAAGCUCAUGAAGUUCUGGAUCCAGUCUUUUCUACUGGGUGUGCCAAAGAUCAUCGUAGGGUUCCGCUCGCAGAACGGCAUCCUUACGAAACUCGAAGAAAUUCAGACGGCCAAGAUACCUGAAACAGCUACAAAGCGAGGCGUGAGAAGUUGGAACGCAAAUGCGUGUAUCAAUUUUGCCAGCGCCUUCCUGGAGUGGUUAAGAAAUACUAUCAACGAUGAGGGCGUUUGGAGGAUAAGAAGACAACCACAUUCGGGGGUCAUUGAGGUGUUCAAAGUUGAGGAAGUUGGUCACGGAAGAAUUCUCACAGAUGACUUCAUCAACUGGCGCAUAAAGCUAAGCCUUAAUAGCAACGGUGGUGGUGGUAGUUCCUGA